AUAAAAAAUGACCAGAAUUACUAAUACCUAGCCUAAUCCCUAUGCGCUUCUAUUCCUUAGCCGAAAAUGGGAAACGGUCGUCUUUCCCUGGAAACAAAUCAACUGCAACUACGAAAGAUAUAUAGUUCGAUACUAUAACGUAAGGCCAAAGCUCCAGUCCUUCAAGCCAUGUAUUUGGGAAAAUCGGAGGUAUAAGCAGCACGCGUUUCGCAUUCUGACAAAGUUCAGAUAAUGGGCAAUGAAAAGGACGAAGACGCCAAUAUUGGAGCGAAUGAAGGCUCCAUGUUGGCGCAUACAUUUCUUUAUCUAAUGGCUUCUCAGAUUAUAUCUCGUGGAUUGUCAUUUAUUUUGAAUUUACUUAUUGCCCGGAGGCUAACGGAAGAAGAUUAUGCGCUUUAUGCCGUGCAAUUUCACCUGUUAAUCACGAGUAUUUUAUUUAUCAGCCGAGAAGGCUUUCGUCGGGGUUGCCUCCGCAUUGAUGUAAGGAAAGGAGGUUCACAUGAAGAAGAUACUAAUAGGAUACUGGUAGUGGCUUGGCUUACUGUGCCAAUUGGAAUGGUUACUUCGGCUGCAACAUGUGCAUUUGUCUUCUGGUGGCAGGGACUCAGACUUUCGGAGCAUUAUGCCCAGGCUGUGCUAAUACAUGGAGCUGCAUGUUUCCUAGAACUUCUGACUGAGCCUCUUUACAUUCUUGCACAAAAUUUACUUCUUUUGGGACUGCGGGUUAAAGCAGAAGCAAUUGCAACUUUUGUGCGCUGUGUUACCACUUAUAUUAUGAUUAUAAAUGGAACAGGAAUGGAAAGAGGGCUGGUUUUUGCUUUCUCCCAGAUUGCAUAUGCAGUUUGUUUGGUUUUAUGUUACUGGGGCUACUUUCUUGGCACUCCAUUGUUUAAAAGCCUAGCAGAGAAAGAAAAGACUACGGUUCAUUUGAUUCCUUUUGGAAUGAGGCGGGGCUAUUAUUUUGACAAACAGCUCCUACGUUCUUGUUUGGUCUUUACUUUUCAGUCUGUUCAAAAGCUGAUUCUUCAAGAAGGGGAAAAACUUGUGCUUGUACUCUUUGAUACUCCUUACAACCAAGGUGUAUAUGGUCUUGUGGAAAAACUAGGCAGUCUGGUUGUUCGCUCUGUGUUUCAACCAUUUGAAGAAAGCGCAUUUACAAUUUUUGCAAAGGCAGCACCAGGCAGAUCGUCAGGAGGGAAUUUGGCUUUAGAACAUGUUCUACGCUUGGGCUUGAAGCUUGUCAUCAUGAUUGGACUUUUCUUCAUCACAUUUGGUCCAAGCUACUCUUAUAUCCUCGUGAGAUUAUUAUAUGGAAAAAAAUGGAGUGAUGGUGAAGCUUCAGUGGCAUUGGGUUACUAUUGCCUUUAUGUUAUGGUUCUAGCUAUAAAUGGUACAACUGAGGCUUUUUUGCAUGCAGUUGGGACCAACCGGCAGCUUCUUUGGUCAAAUGUUUCACUUGUGCUGUUCUCUGUUAUUUAUGUUUGCUUGAAUAUUAUACUUGUUCAGAGGGCCGGGGCUGUUGGGCUUAUCCUUGCAAAUUUCAUAAAUAUGCUGUUGCGGAUCACAUACUCAUUAGUGUUCAUUAAAAUAUUUUUCAAGGAUACAUCUUCCUUCAGUAUGCUUCAGUGGUUACCGUCGUCCAAAGUUCUUGCAGGUUUUUGCAUUGCAGGCAUUCUGACACGUAUUUCUGAAAGCAAAUUAGUGGACCAUCAAAAUUUCUUCCCUUCAGCAGCCAUACAUGUCAGCAUGGGUUGCGCUUGUUUUGCAAUUCUGUCUGUUAUGAUAUAUCAUUAUGAGAGAGUUUUCAUUCGCCAAAUCGUUGAUCUCCGCAAAUCCAGAGAUGUCCAUAUGGACUAGCUGAUGACAAUGCAUUGUUAACACUGGAUCAGAGGCUUUUUUAAUUUUAAGAUGCAGAACUAGUUGUAUUCAUGCAACUUGAUAAUUCUGGGUGUUGAUGCCAGAAGGGGCAGACCACCUUUGAUGAAUUACUAACCUAGGAAAGGUUUACAUGUGUUUUUUUUCUUUUGUAGUAAAUCUUUAUAGAGACUGAAGAUAUCGGGGAUCAUGAACUGUUUUGGUAAUACAGUAAUUUACUUUUUGCACAUUUAAAAUAUGAAACAAAAUAACAAUAUGUGAAUUUGAUUUGUUCAAAGUUCAAACCACGAAGUGGAAUGAAGUUC